AUGUCUUCAAUUGCUGCCAUGGCCUCCCGCCGGGUCUUUGCCCGCCAGUCCCUUCUCCGCGCUCCCCCGCGCCGCUUCUACAGCGCCUCCAAGGUCGAGGAGGCUAACCUCGACAAGGCUCCCAAGCGUGACCCCGAGCUCUACGUUCUGCUCGGUGUUAUGUCCGGUGCUUUCCUGCUUGCCGGAUGGUACUUCGGCAGAAAGCCCACUUCCGUCACCUCCGAGAGCAACGUCCGCAUUGGCGAGAGUGCCAUGCCCUGGGAGCAGACCGACGAGAGUGGCAAGGUCUACAAGUACCAAUACCACCCCCACGGUGACAAGAGCCAGCCCCUGCGCAACGCCCCCAGCGCCUUGAACACCGUCAUUGUCCCCAACGUUACCCUGCCCGCGGACCUCCACGAGCGCUUCAACAAGUACGGAAAGGAGGAGUGGGACUACUGAAUAGUCGCACGCUGCAGGCAAGGCGGUUGAGAUUGCAGAAGUUGAGGCACGUCGGCGCUGAUCGCUGUACACUAAAACUCGUGAAGAUUAGAGUAUGGGGCGAGACCGUUCUUACAAGAGCUUUGCGCAUAGUUUGUUUUGACGAGAUUCAUUCGAAUAUUGUUUUCGUUGCGCUACAACCAAGCCCUCAAAACGUGAGGCAUGUACAAUCAAGUAGG